CUUCAUUUCUCCCCUAAAAUUUCCGCCCUCUAACACUUUUUUUAUUUAACAAUAUUUAUCACAAAAAUAGAAAAAGAUUCAAGAAACUUAAUACACUUUCCUAUUUGGGAGAGAGAAAGAAGAUCUUGAAUUGCCUAAAAUUUAUGGAACAACUUGUCAACUUUAUUAUUCGACCCCCAAGGGCUGAGUAUGAUCCUAAAAAUGAUCUACUAGAUGAAGAAUUCAUGCUUAAAGGGAAAUGGUACCAAAGGAAGGAUCUGGAGGUUAAAAAUAGUAGGGAUGAUGUUCUUAAAUGUACCCAUUAUAUGCCUCUUAUUCGUCCAGAAGGAAAGCCACUGCCUUGUGUGAUUUACUGUCAUGGAAACAGUGGAUGUAGAGCAGAUGCCAGUGAAGCUGCUAUUAUAUUAUUGCCGCUAAACAUAACUGUUUUCACCCUUGACUUUUCUGGAUCUGGACUUUCUGGAGGCGAGCACGUUACAUUGGGGUGGAAUGAAAAGGAUGAUCUCAGAGCUGUGGUUGAAUAUCUGCGGACAGAUGGCAAUGUUUCUUUGAUUGGCUUGUGGGGUCGUUCAAUGGGUGCAGUUACUAGCCUCAUGUACGGUGCUGAGGAUCCAUCCAUUGCUGGAAUGGUUUUAGACAGCCCCUUCUCUGAUUUGGUUGAUUUGAUGAUGGAACUUGUAGACACUUACAAAAUCCGGCUGCCCAAGUUCACUGUAAAGUUUGCAAUUCAAUAUAUGCGCAGAGCGGUCUUAAAAAAGGCAAAGUUUGACAUAACCGAGUUGAACACAAUUAAGGUGGCAAAGUCAUGCUUCGUCCCUGUUUUACUGGGUCAUGCCGUUGAUGAUGAUUUUAUACAGCCCCAUCACUCUGAUCGUGUAUUUGAGGCUUACAUGGGGGACAAGAAUAUUAUAAAAUUUGAGGGUGAUCACAACUCUCCACGCCCACAGUUUUAUUUUGAUUCUAUAAGUAUCUUCUUCAACAAUGUUUUGCAACCACCAGAGGAUGAAGUAGGGGGUGCAUUCUUUGACAUGCCACAAGAUUAUUUUGGCAAGGGCAGUUGGAGUACAGUCCAUGAAGUUGACUUUAUGGAUGAUGUCCAUGAUGUUGCAGCUGCCCCAACUAGUAGCACUGAAGAUGUAAUAAAGCAGGUUCGCUCCAAAAGACCCAUGAGCCGGACAGAGGUCCCGUCUGACAUAUCUGCGCAGGAUAACCAGACUGAAGACCAGAAAGAAGGUACUGGAACCAACUCUGCCCCAUCAUCUUCAAAAAUGAUCAGCUUUGAACUUUCCAAUGGUGACCCGUUUGGUUCCAGUGUUCCUGCAUCAAUAGAUGAUGAUGACUAUGUGGAAUAUUCACUUGAUAGUUUGGCAGAUUUUCCUAGUAAUGUGGAGGAAGAAGAAAGGAUGUUAAUGAAAGCAGUACUCGAGUCUUUAAAAGACUUGGAGGUAAAACCUCCUCCAGCUGAGCAAGCAUCCUCAAAAGUUGUCGAAGAACUUCCUCAACCUUUGCAGGACAGUAAAGAGGAGUCAGCUUCUACAAAACAAUGUACUCCCUCAAAAGAAAUUAGUGCUAGUCCCAUAGUUUCUAAUGGACAUGAUUCAGACGCCAAAGUCCAAGUUCAAGAUACUGUUAAAGUAUCAGUAACACCAGCUAACAGUACUUUAUCGGCGAAAGAAGUGAAAAGCAACGGGACUCCUUCUCAUCGUGACAUGUCUGUCAGCAGUCAAAGUUCGUCCAGCGUUGACAUGGUUGAUGGUACUAAAGCCACUCUGACCGUUGUGAAGAACCCAACAAGUAAUAUCAUGGAUGGUUUAUUGCGUCGUUGGGAUCGCAACUUUUUCAAGAACAGAUAAUGGUUAGACGAUUGACUUUUUACAAAGAAAACACUUGGAAUGGAUUACGUGUAGCAGAAAAAGUUAUAGCGGCUAUAGAAAUUUGCUGUUCGCUGAAUGUACAUUUUUGGGGGGAGUAAAUAUUUGUAUUUUCUGUCAGGGGUGGUAAGUUGUGGCAGGUGGUUGUGGGAAAUGGAGGGGGGGUGGGUUCGGUUGUCGCUAAUUUACAUAGGUCUUCCUUGUUUGGUACAAGUGAUUCAGCUUGUAUAUGUAUUCCCAAUGUGAAGAAAUUAGGCUCAUAGGCCCAUUGUUUGUUGUAAAUUAUGGAUUACCAAAAUGUGUCAUGUAGAUGUACAGGUGAUGUGCAAUUUUUUCAUGACAAUCUUGCAAUUGUUAGCACUCUCCAAUUUCUCUAUUUUAUUCAGUUUUAUAGUGUUUGUAAUAUUGUAUACAAAUAGAACACAUCUCAUUCUUUCAACAUGGAAACAUGCUUCAGUGUCAA